GCGGUCUGCACGAAGAGCGGUGAGCGGGUUGCCAUCAAGUCUGUGCCAAAGCUGCCGGCCUCGGCAUCACGCCAGCUUCGGCGACGGGACAAGGAGAGACUGCAGCAAGAGGUCUCUAUCAUGAAGCUGGUGCAAAGGGGGGAGUAUGUAGUGAGGCUCCAUGAAACCUACGAAGACGAUGCCUUUGUGUACAUGGUCAUGGAGCUCUGCCAGGGCGGAGAACUCGUGUCCUUCCUGUUGGAACAAGGCACUCACAGCGAGGCUCAGGCAGUUCUGGUGAUGCGCCAGGUCUUCCAAGCCGUGGCCUACCUGCAUAGCUGUUCCAUCUGCCACCGGGAUCUGAAGCCAGAGAACCUUCUGCUGCUGCAUCGGCGGCCAAUCAAAGAGAACGUCGUGAAGGUGACGGAUUUCGGCCUCUCAGCACUUUGCCCUUCGGGCUCUGAGCUCCGUGGCACGAUGGGGACGCUGCCAUACAUGGCUCCGCAGGUGUUAAACGGCCGGUACGACUUGGCCGCAGACAUCUGGAGUUGUGGAGUAUUGACGUAUCUACUGCUCUGCGGCUACCCACCGUUCUGGCAUGACCAAGACCUUGCUCGAACGACUGCCGCAAUCAAGCGUGGCAACUUUGUGUUCGCGAACGAGGAUUGGUCGAUGAUCUCCCAGAAUGGGAGAGCGAUUGUCCGUGAGCUUCUGAAGAUGAAUCCGUCAGAACGCAUCACGGCAAGCAGCGCUUGCCAGCAUGCCUGGUUGACGGCCACGCCUCCAGCCGGUGCCCUCGACAGUUCGCUGUACCGACUCCGCCGCUUCAUGAAGGCGAUGAUCGCUACGCAGGUCGUGUCGGAGGACCCACUGGUGGGGAAAGCGCAGCCACAGACUGCGCUAGAGGCCUUCUUUGCUACUCUGGGCACCCCUUUGGCGGCAUGCAGCCCCUGUGUGGACGCUUGCUCCAGCCAGGGUCAGGUGCACUAUGUUCGUCACGGUCCCGGUGGCAUGGAAGACACACAGUUCAGCGUGGGCAAGCGAGUCUUGUACCAGUCCAUGACGCAUCGGGCAUGGCUGCCGACGGUGGUGGUGGACGUCAAUGACGCCGGUGACGUGGAGAUUGAGAUCAAGCCGCGGGUGUGGAUUGCUCCAGCUGAUCAGGCAAAGCUUCUGCGGCAGGCCUAA